AUGAUGGACAACACUAGCGAACCGUUUGCAAGGUUGGUGGAGGUUGGCGUUAAGCCCUCCAAAGGAGACGAGGACAUUGACAUCGAUUCAGAUGACGGCUUGUCCUCGGAAAGCGCAGCGCAGGAGGCGUGUGAACCGCCACUUAGACCCCGGCGACGGAGUACAGUUCUUGGUCCGGAGACCUCUGGAUGUUACCUCAUUUUCAAUGACCAGCAGAAAAGGUGGACUGGCCAGUGGAGUCCCGGUGCCGUCGACGACGCAGUGUUUUUCAUGCGACCGAAAGUGAAGGUUCCGCAGUUCAAAUACACGAAGAAAGAAAUCAUCGUCCUCAAGAGCGAUAAUAUUUUGAUGCGAGAUGAACGCAAAGACUUCUUGCAGGGUCUCUGUCUUUUUGUUAAGCUGGCGAAGGAGUUCCAGGGGGACUUCUUGGUGAUCUCAAAGGCUGACUUGGAUGACAGGAAGGUUGUCCUGCUUGGCUUGAAUGAACAGCAUGAGAUUCAACAUUUUGACAGUGAGGACGUGUUCUACUCGGCGAACAACCUAGCCGCGGUCGCGGUUGCGCCGACUGCCUCGAUCGCCUUCAAGGCUAAAACUAUGGAAGUGCCGAUUUUUGUCGGCCUUGCUCAGCAAGAAGGCGGCUUCGCUGUGAGCUUCGAUACACGCCAGGGCAAGAAGUGA